CUAGAUAAAAGUUAUAAAAAGUAAAUAAAACUUUUCUGAUUCGUAAGCAUAGAAAAAAAAUUAUAAGGCUAAAUUCGUAAUAAAAUACGUGACCAAAAAAUUUAAAGUUAAGCCUAUGUAAAAAAGGUUUUACAAUGUAAAUGGUAGAAAAAUAUUAGAAAAACCUUAAAAUAAAAAAUAGAAAUUUACGGAUAAUUGACGAAAUGGAUGAUAAUUUAUGGCUUAUUGAGUUAGAGUCAGCGCUCUUAGAUGACUGUAAUGUUAACGACAUAUAUGCUAUUUGCCGAGGCAAAGCUAUUCCCGAAUCACUGCGUCCUGACGUUUGGCAAGUGUGCCUCGAUGUGCGUCACAAAAGCGAUCAAAUGUCGUUGUUCAAUGAAAUUUUUGAUUUGCCUUUUCAAAAUACGUUACGUGAAGACUGUCAAGCGAUUGUGGAUCGAAUUGGAAAUGAUGAUGAAGACAAAGUGUCAGUAAUUUCCGAUUUGGAGUCGAUCCUCACAUUCUAUUGCAAAAAUCGAAAUUUUUUGUAUGAAAGUGAUAAUGGUUGGAUUGAACUAUUGUUACCUUUGUUGGCACUAAAGUUAAAUCGAUCUGACACCUACAACCUAUUUGAGGCAAUAAGAGACACAUACAUACCUAAGGGCUGCAAACCAAAAGGCAAUGUGUUUCAUGUUUUUCGCUUACUUAUACUAUAUCAUGAUCCUGAAUUAUGUACAAUGUUAGAUACAAAAAAAAUUACACCAGAUCUGUACUCAAUGCAAUGGUUCCAAUGUUUAUUCGCUUCGAGCUGCAGCCUUACCGUCAUUCUCUCCAUGUGGGAUUUAUAUUUUCAACAUGCAGAUCCUUUUAUGGUCUUCUUCUUGGCAUUGAUUAUACUCGUAAACGGACGUGACUUAAUAUUAGAAAUGAAAGAUGCAACUAAAGAAGAUUUAAUAAAAUUUCUUUCAAAUAUGCCUUGCGCUUUGGAACCGGAUGAUGUAGUUGACUUUUGUUCGUUAGCUCAAUACUACUCGCUUAAAACCCCUAGUUCAUUCAAGACGGAUUUUUUAAAAGCGCUUUAUGGUUCGCAAGGUGAAAAGGCACCUCACAUUGAACCCUGCAGUGUUUCGCAGGCCUUGUGUCUUCCAGUUUCCGUCUAUGAAUUAGUGGAGAAUUCAUCUUUAGAAUUAAACACAUCCGACACAGUACGUUUUUUCUUGGUUGAUUGUCGUCCGGCAGAUCAAUACAAUGCCGGACACCUUUCCACGGCAUUUCAUCUUGAUUGUAAUUUAAUGUUGCAAGAACCUCUGGCUUUUUCUACGGCGGUACAAGGGUUGUUAAAUGCACAGCGCCAGGCAAUUGAAGCAAAUUCUAACGCAGGAGGUGAGCAUCUUUGUUUCAUGGGAAGUGGCCGGAUGGAGGAAGAUCAAUAUACACAUAUGGUCGUCGCUUCAUUUUUACAAAAGAACACUCAGUACGUAUCGUUGCUGACUGGAGGUUAUUUGUCCAUUCACGAUUAUUUUGGAGACCACAUGGCAGAUUGCCUUGAGGAUCAUAAUGUAAAAAAGUGCAUUGUUUGUUCUAAAAAUAAUGUAGAACUUAGAAAUUCAGGAAGAACAAGACAAACACAUGAGGAUAAACGGGAUCAACCACGACCAACCUCCGAUAUCUUUAGUCGAUUUUCUGCCGUAAUGAAAUUGAAAUCUUCUGAAGUGAAGGACAAGCUCUUCGAUAUCAUUACAAAUCCAUCAAAUGGUGCCACUGUCAAUCCCCAUUUGAAUUUGGGCCAGUCGACCAUUCAGGAUCGACAUGUUUCGGCUACUGAACGCAAUGGAAAACGUUAUCGUAAUGUAGCACCGGUAUUUAGCAUCGACGACGAGAAUGACGACCAUUAUAACGAAAAUGAUGUGAAAGAUUCACCAGAUUUGACCAGUUCUAAAUUGGCUGGUGAUGCUAAAGAAAUUGUCAGUUUAACUCAGUAUUUAAAGUCGCCAGAUAUAAUUAAUGCGUUCCGAUGUCAAGAAGUUCACAUGAAUGGGUAUAUGUAUGAUAGUCAUUUAAUAAUUUCGGCGACGCACUUAAUUGUAUUACGAGAACUUGGGCGCGGUCAAGCUCAGAUUAUAGUUCGACGUCCCCUAUCAAGUAUAGUUAAAAUAACUGCAAAGAAACGCCAUCGUGAUUUGAUCACAUUCAAAUACGGAUUCCCUGAUGGAGAUGGACUACUUAUAACUGACAUGGACCGAUUUCUUAUUCCGAACGCCAGUGAAGCUACAGCAAUUGUGUCGAAACACAUUGUUCAAACACUAGACAGCUCUAAAUUAACGUAAUCGAACAUUACCAUCUUAUAUUUUACAUCUAACAGCUAAUUGCAUUGAGUGAUGACGAUUUAUAGGUUUUGUUUAUUUUGUAAAAAACGUAUUAUAUAAUAUAAACAUAUAAAAUUAAAAAAAAAAACAUCCAUGUGUAUGCCAUAAAGAACCUUUUAA